CUUAUAAGUAACUUCAUACUGAAAUGUUUCCUACUUUAAUCUUUACAGCAAGAAAGACAUAAUGAUUUAGAUGACUCUUAAAUAUAAGAUGGGAAGAAUGGAGAUGAAGAAAUUCUUUUUCUUUUUGCAGGAUUAAGAUUUUUGUAUGGAAUUGGGUUUCUUUGUGAUUGAAAUAAAUUGGGUUUCCUUUACAUAGUGUGAUUUUAUGGAUGAGAAGGAUAAGGAGAUUCCAAUAACUGAAACCCUAGAUGGGUUUGAUCAAUCAGCAUUGGUAGAAGUAGAUCAUAAGUAUGUUGAUUCCAUUGAUGUUGAUGGUGAAGGAAAUGUAGGUGUUUUAGAGAAGAAUGUUGAGGUUGAAAAGGUCUUGGGUGAAGGAAGUGUUGAUCAUAAAGAUAGCAAAAAUGAGAAUAAAGAUGAGAAUGUAGACAAAAAUACUUUUCCUAUAGGGACUUUUGUAUGGGGAAAGACUAAGAAUGAUCCUUGGUGGCCCGGAAGGAUCUAUGACCCAUUGGAUGCGUCCGAUUUUGCUUUGAAGCAUAAGCAUGAUGGGAGGUUUCUUGUUGCAUAUUUCGGGAAAUGCUCAUUUGCUUGGUGUGAUCCUUCUGAAAUGAGGCCUUUUGAGGAAAAUUUUGAAGAGAUAUCAAAGCAAAGCGUUUCGAGUACCUUUGUCGAUGCUGUAAAGGAAGCUGAGAGUGAAUUCAGUACGAUUGUUAAGCUACAACUGACUUGUUCUUGUGUACGAGCUAAAGAAAGCGAGAGUUCUUUACGUUUUGUUGUAAAUAGUGGUGUUAAAGAAGGGGUUUAUGUUCAUAAGAACGGAAAUUCUGUACAUUCACUUGAUCGGUUUAAUUCAUCAGCAUUGCUUGCUGAUAUCAGAAGUUUGGCCACGUUUAGUCAUUUAAGUAAUGAACUUGAGCGAGCAGUGUUAAAGAGUCUGUUAUCGGCCUUUUUUCAUAAGUUCGGCCGCUCUUUACCAAUACAUUGUGUACAUAUGGGCAUUGAAGAUCCUAUGGAUACAGGAGGUGUACCUAGUGAAGGUUCUUUUCAAGGCUUAGGGAAUAGGGACUCUUCCAUAGGGAUUGAAGGUCGAAAUCCAGUAAAUAUAGGGAGGCCGCGGACCCCACUUGAUGAUCCACAGGGAGGAAGGAAAACAAGGAGCAUUGCUGAGCUGUUGAGGGUACUAGACAAGGGUAAGCCAGUAGUGAAAUCUAGCAAGAAAAGGCAGAAUCUUUCUGAUGAAAGUUCAUCAUCCAUGCAUGAGGUAGAUUGUUGCAAAUCAAGGGCAAGGAAGUUGAAAGAAAAAAUGAAACCUUUAGAAGUCGCGGAGGAUGGUAGUGAGGCAAAAAAACAACAGAAAAAAGACAUGGCGGCCAAGUUAAGUAAACGGAGGACCAGCCUGAGAAUUAAUGAUGGUUCUAUGGCUGAAGAGGGAUCGGGGAAGAUCUCUACAAGAAAAAAGAAAUUGGGCAAGUUCUUGUUAGAUCCCUAUACAUUACCGUUGACGGAAAUAAUUACUGGUUUAGAAAAUGAGUCUACAUCCUCCGAGGCAUCAUGUUCCAAGAGUGACAAUACCAUUCAUGAUACCUCAGAAAGUAUAGGUUUUUUGAAUAGGUUGCUUCAUGGAAUCCGCUCUGUUGCUUGUGACCCAUUAUCUAUAAAGACGGAUAAAUUCUUAAAAUCAAACAAGGAAUUUCUAUCGUCCUACAGGAGCUCAACCUUCAUAAAAGGAUCGGAAUAUAGUUCCUACGAGAAAAAGAGAGCAAGAAUUAAGCCUGUUACCAAGCAUAGAUUGGACAGGAAGGUUCUGAAUGAGGUGGCUCAGCGUACCCCCAAGUCAACGCCUGUUAAAAGGAGCGCAACAGACAAAGAACCAAUGUCGAAUUCUAAGGAUGUGAUUGAAGUAUCAAGUUCGCCAUCUUCAUCAUCCACCGUGUCAGUGUCAAAGAGAAAGAAAAUGAAAUCUUCCAGUGCAACACGAGGAGUCAAAUCGUCCGACAAACCUCUUACUGUGAAACCUGAGAGUGCGCCUUCGACAGUUGCUUUCAUCAAGCAAAAGCUCGAGUCAAUGACAUCGAUGGUGCCACAGACUGAUGAUAUGUUGACUCUAGAGGUGAAAUCUACACUGGAAAAUACACUGAAAGAGGUCUUAAAAAAGCUGAAGACGAUGGGUGAUGUGCAUUCUUCAUCCUAGUUUAAUAUACAUAAAGGUUUUAGGUUGUCUAUAAAGAUUGAUCCAUGGUUACUCUUUUAGCUGCAUAUAGUAGACACUUAAUUUGAUGUAUAGCACAGUUAAAUACUAUGGUAUUCUUUGAAGACUGUAUGCUAAAGACAAGGAUUCCACCAUUACUAGGCUUUUGGUUAUAUUCUGUAGUCUAACACACCAUUGAGUUCCUUUUUAGUCGAAUUUUGAAUGGAUUAAUAAUAAGCUUCUG